AUGGAUUCAGCUGAUUUUUUGGAGGAGAAACUUGGGCCGGAGGGGGUGGGAUGGGCAAGUAAAAGUAAUGCUGCAGAUAGUGAACUGAUUUUUGAUAUCGGCAGCGGAUAUCGAGUCAGAAAAAUUGUUGUUACACCCCAUUCUAAAUAUAUGCCAUCCACAAUAACUGUCCUUGGCUCUAAACAUCGCGAGAAAAAUGCGGCAAGUUAUGCUGUAAUCGGAAAAAUCAAAAGUUCUGUUGAUCGAAACUUAAAAGAUUUUGAAAAUGCUUAUCCAAUUUAUUGCGACAAAGAAAUGAGAUGGAUUCUCCUAAAAUUAGAUCACUCUGCGGAGGAAGACGUUUCAAACAUUGAUAAGAGGGUUGGGCUCAAGCGGGUUGAUAUAUUUGGAUACCAUAAAAGUGGAAAGGGUGUUGAAGCUGUCGAUACUCCGGUUGGAGUUCCUGUAAAACCGGAAGAACCGGAUUCAAGUCCGGAGACAAGAACAGUUCGAAAAAUUAGAAGAAUUCGACGUCAGUUGGUUGAUUCUGAAUCUGAAGAAGAGGCCGUCGUGCCUGAUGGGAAAUUCUGCGGUCAAUGCGGGAAGGCACGUCAGAAGGCGGAUUGUUUUUGUCGCGGCUGUGGAAAUAAGCAU